CGACCGCGGCUACUAGGUCUCGUCCCUCUUGGGGGUGGCAGAGUAUCCUUCAUGGGCGCCAAUUAUUAGAGAUGGGAUUAAGAUGGCAGGCUGGUAAUGGCCAAUCGAUUUCCCUCCUUCAUUCUAAUUGGAUCCCUAGGUUCCAACUAGAUCCCUCGUGCUACAAUCCGCGGAUUUUGCCUGAGGGGGGUGGUCCUUUGGUGGCUGAGGUUAUUUGCCAGGGGGAAGGGAGGUGGUCUGAUGAGAAGCUCAGUCAGUGGUUUGACCCGCCCACCAGUAGGGCUAUCAAAGCUAUUCUUCUGCCUAGAUGGGAUGUGCCUGAUAAGCUUAUCUGGCAUUUCACGGCUGAUGGGGUUUUCUCGGUGAAGUCGGCUUAUCAUUUGGCUGUCGAUUUGGACAGAAGGAGGGGUGGGUGGCGAUCCUCGGUAAGCUGGAUGGAUAAGCCGAGUUGGAUAAGAGUGUGGGAGGUAAAGAUCCCUCCGAAGUUGAAGGUUUUUGUAUGGCAAAUCCUUAAUCGGGCUCUUCCAACUAUGGAGGCGCUUAUUGAGAAAAAGGUUCAGGUUCUCCCUCGGUGUCCAGUUUGUUGGAAUGGUCCGGAGACGAUGGAACAUCUAUUCCUAUAUUGUACGGUUGCGCGGGUUCUCUGGGACUAUUCAGGGCUGGAAUACCUGGGGGAGGGUUUGCCUCGACACACUUUUCCUUUGUUUCUCAAACGUUUGUUGGUGCUGAUUCAUCAGCCGUCAGUGGUUAUGGCUGUUGUUGCCGUCCUUUGGAGGAUCUGGCGUUCUCGGAAUUGGGUUGUCUUUGAGGGCAAACAAUUUGGGAUCCUGGCGCCCAUGCGACAGUUUCACCAACAGUAUGAGUAAUGGGUGGGUCUUCCAGCGGAUCAAGCCCCGGGAAGGACUAUCCUGAUGGUGCAACUACAAGCGCAAGUGGGUGAUUCCCAUUUGGUUUACAUGUGGGACGGGGUUACUAAGGGUGGGUCGCACUCGGCUGGUGAGAUGGUUCUCUUUGACCCAGUGCGGACACUCCUUCUGGCUCGAGGGGUUCAGUUUUCUCAAAUGGAUGACCCGAGGAUGGUGGAAUUGCUCGUGCUUAGGGAAGCUAUCAUUUGGUGUAUGGAGCAAGGCUUGUCGGAGUUCCGAUUUGAGGGCGAUGCGAAGGUGAUUAUUGACAAAAUUAAUCAAGCCGACAUGAGAGAUAGCCGGUUGGGUGCUGUUCUGGAAGAGAUUGGUCAUUAUUUUCGUUCCCAGUCUGGUUUUAGUGUGCGUUUUGUAGGUCGGGAGAACAAUAGGAUAUCUCAUUUGGUAGCUAGGAAAGCUCUUUCUUUGUAUCUGACUAUGAGUCGCUUCUUUGAUUUCCAAUCCUGGCUGGUUUCCAGAGUGUAACUGGCUAUUUUCUUUAUCAAUACAUGAUAUCUUUUGAA